UCCUAGCAACUCCGGGUGAUCGGCACAGCCCCCAGCUGGCAACCCAAAUAUUUAAAAGCACACCUGGUUAAAGUUUAAUCCCCGUCACGAUGAUGAUGUGGCAGCAGGAGCUGCGUGUCAGGAGUGGUUCUGUGCCCGGGGUCCAGGUGGGAGCUCCUGGGGAGAAUGGGAUGAGCAAAGCCGGCCUCGUCAGGGGCUGCCUGGAGCGUUUCCCACCAUGAAUGGGUUCCCAAACUGCUCUGCCAACUACACCAAGAUCUGGAGUCAUUACUUGGUGCUGGCCCUGGGCAUCCCCCAGCUGACCAUCAACGUGGCCUCCAUCAUCUUCAACUGCACCGUCAUCUUCACCCGCCUGGCCACCAGGGACCUGCACAAGCCCAUCUCCAUCCUCUUCUGCAACCUGGCUGUCUCUGACCUCUUCACCAGCUUCUCUGGCUUCUGGAUCUCCAUGUUCUUCAUCACCAACCCCGACAUCACCAUCUUCGGCUCCCAGGACAUGCUGGCUCCCUACGCCCUCUACACCACGUCCAUCUUAUCCACCAUCUACAACCUGGUGAGCAUCGGCAUCGAGCGCUACCUGGCCGUGGCCGAGAGCAUGAGGACGAGGUUCAGGGUGGCCAGGAACCACUCCAUCGCCGUGGUCUUCAUCAACUGGGUCCUGGCUUUCUUCCUGGGCUGCCUGCCCCUGAUGGGCUGGAACUGCCUGCACGCGGAGAGGAACGUCUCGGUGCUCUACAGCCCCUUCUGCGUCAACUACCUCGUCUUCAUCGCCAUGCCCAACGUGGCGCUGGCCUUCCUCGUGCCCCUGUUCACCUACCUGAGGAUCAUCAUCAUCCUGAGGAAGAGGAAGCUGAGGAUGCAGGCGUGCGGCCAAGCCACGGGCACCUACAAGUCGGCAGAGACGCAGGUGGCCAGGACCAGCAUCUCCAUCUGGCUGCUGGCGCUGGUGUCCUACGCGCCGUUCUUCGCCGGCGUCAUCUUCGACGCCGCCAACCAGCGCUGCCACACCGACCUCUACCCCGGGGUGUACAUCUUCAGGAACUGCACGGCCAUGCUGAUCACCAUCACCUGCCUGGGCAACCCCAUCCUCUACACCCUCAAGUUCAGGGCGCUGGGGGCCAAGCUGAAGGCGCUGCGCUGCCUCUCGGCCAACCGCGUGCGGGCCUGCACCAUCGAGAACAUCUAACCAGGAACGGGGAGCCAAACGCGCACGGAGGGUCACGGUGGGCUCAAAAACCCGCGUGGACGUGGCCCUUGAGGGAGUUUGGUGGUGGAUGUGGUGGGUUGGUGAUCUCAGAGGUCUUUCCCAGCCUUGGCAGCUCCGUGGUUCCCUGCCCAGCCCGGGGAUGGAGGAUGGAGGAUGGAGGAUGGUGGCUCCUCCCAGCAGGGUCCCCGCUGUCCCUGGCCCUCGGGAAGCUCUGCCUGUUCAUUUGGAACGGGAGCUGCUGUCCCUGCAGUUAAAAAUAACAACUCCAUUAUCGGUGUUUACUCUGCGCCGCGGCCGCGCUCGCCGCCCUCACGUCCCUCUCUGUGGGUUGUGGCUCUGGAGAGGGGGAAACAGCUGGAAAAUUCCCAGGAAUUUUGGGGAAUAACAGCGUUUUGCUUUCUUGUUUAGUCAGUCAAAUUGUGACUUUUGACUGCUGGGUGAAUCUUUAUUAACAGGGGCACUCAGAGCUGUUUCCCUGCUGUAAUUUUAAUUGCUGGAUGAGGUGGUUUUGUGAGAUAUUUUGGCUGUGGUUUCAUAUUUCUGCUUUUGAGGGCACACUCAAGUCCCUGGCUUGUGACAUUUGUACUGUUCCAGGUGAAAACCUUGGCUGAGCUCCUCAGGACCAGAGCUGCAGCCAAAUUGCCUGUAAAAAAAAGAAAUAAAAAUGUCAAGACCAGGUGUUUUGUAAAAGAAAAAGGUCUGAACUCCUCCCUCUCAAAAGCAAAGAGAGUUGGUUUCUGGGUAUUUAUUUAGUAGGUAUUAUUCUGUCAGAUCCCAGUGGAGAUGGAUGCUUAUUCUUAGUUACACUGGGAUAUUUCCUAGAAGAAUCUCAAUGUUUAAACUUCUUUAGAAGCCUGGAUUGGAUAGUUUUUGUGCCAUCAGCUCAUGUUUCUGGUUCUGCACUGCUCAGCUGCUGCUCUGUGGUAUUUCAUCAA